GAGCCGCUGCCCAGGACGGACGCCUCAGGGUGAACGACAGCAUCGUAUUCGUUAACGAUGUGGACGUCCGGGAGGUCACUCACUCCAUCGCUGUGGAGGCGCUGAAGGAGGCGGGGCCUGUUGUCAGGCUGUACGUGCUGCGGAGACGCCCACCGAGCGAACGCAUCACACAGAUCAAACUGAUGAAAGGACCCAAAGGUCUGGGCUUCAGUAUAGCGGGCGGCGUGGGGAACCAGCACGUCCCUGGAGACAACAGCAUCUACGUCACCAAGAUCAUCGAGGGCGGGGCGGCACACCGUGACGGGCGGCUGCAGAUCGGAGACAAAAUCCUGGCGGUCAACCACAUGUCUCUGGAGGACGUCCUGCACGAAGACGCCGUGUCAGCCCUGAAGAAUACAGGAGAGGUGGUCUACCUGAAGGUGGCCACGCCCACCUCGCAAUGUCAGAGAUCAGCUGCUGAAUGUUCUGUCCUCUCUGCAGCCUACAUGGAGCCGGACUAUAUGUGCGAUUACCCACAAGCCCUCCCUCCUCCGUCACCGCGGCGAUACUCCCCGAUCCCCCGCGGCAUGAUGGGAGAGGACGAGUACUCGAGGGAGCCUCGCAGAGUGUGCGUGCAGCGUGGCUCCACCGGCCUGGGCUUCAACAUCGUGGGCGGAGAGGACGGAGAGGGCAUCUUCAUCUCCUUCAUCCUCGCAGGAGGCCCAGCAGACCUGAGCGGGGAGCUCCGCAAGGGAGACCAGAUCCUCAGUAGACUCCAGGACCCCAAACAGAUGCAGAACAUCUGGUUUUCUGUCUUCAUCCUGAUGUUGUGGAUGAUGAUGUCAUCAGUAAUCACAGCUGUGAGGCAGGAUGAAGUGAAGACCAGGCUUCGAUCAGCUGUGGUGUCAUGGACCAGCCUGCUGUGGGUGGAGGUCGAGGUGCUGCAGGAUGCUGUGGAGGAGGUGCUGACAUUCUUGAGAUGCCACCUGGAGGUGUAUAAGUUUCCUUCAGGAGCCUGA